CUCUGCUCAGUCAGUCAGAGGAGAGCAUCAGUGCAGCAGCUGCCGGGAGCAGCAGACACAGGGACCCGGGGAUCUGCUGCAUCGUCUCCCGCUCUGCCGUCAUCUUCUGACCGGUGGUUAUUUAUUCCGCUCCUCUGAGUCUUCUCCUCCCUGAGCACCAGGGGAUGGGGGGGAUGAGGGAAUGAUCAGCACCGACCACCCUCCGCCGUGCCCGCUUCCUCCUCCUCUUCCUCCUGGUCCUCCUCCAGUCUGUCUCUGUGUCCCUUGACAAUCGUCGGAGCUCUUGUCCAGGAUGUGGGCCCCGCUGCUCCGCCAGGCUGCGGUGUUUGCGGCCCUGUUGGCGCUGGGCAUGUGCCUGACAGGAUCUCAUCUGUGUCCCCGGAGUUUAGACUGUGCCCGGGCAGGACGCUACUUCUGCCAGCCGGGCAGCUCACACUGUGGCCCCUGCCUGCGCUCUUUGGUGGAGGACUCCCGUGGCCGAUGUGUGGUCAAGAAGAGACAUUCUUCUCACUCUGCUCAGAUCAUUAAAGGUAAGAUGAGCACGUACCCUGAGCUGGAUGAGGAGAUCGACUUCCUGUCUGCCAUCAUCAGUGAGCAGAGAACUGAGGCCAGGCUGCCAGCUCCGCCCUCCCAGGAUGUCUCUCAACACAUAUCCAAGCAGCUCAGUGAGUCUGGCCACACCCACAGAGCUUCAACUGCAGCGCAGCCUACAAGCCAGAGUGUCCAAUUCACCAGAGUGGCUCCUCCCACCACCACCACAAACCACACGCCUGCUUUGCUCAGCGAUCCCAUCAUCCUCCCCUACCCCUCCAACGACCGCGUCUUCAUCACAAUGAGCACCAUCUUCAUCGCGGCAGGUUCACUGGCUUUAAUCAUGGCCGGGGCCUGUUGGGUCAGGUUGCAGAAAGGUGUGCGUCUCACUCAGAAGGUGGACUUUGCUGCGUAUGGACUGAUUAGAGCCCAAAACUUUGACAGUUUGCCUGGGGACAAGAAGCUGGCUCACAGUGCUCAGAUGUACCACUACCAGCACCAGAAGCAGCAGAUGCUUUCCCUGGAGAAACACAGGGAUGAGCUCAAAGUUCCUGACUCAGGAGCAUCAACAGACGAGGAGAACGAGGACGGAGAUUUCACCGUAUAUGAGUGUCCUGGUUUGGCACCUACGGGGGAAAUGGAAGUGAAGAACCCGCUGUUUGAUGAUUCCACCCUCUACCUUCAGAAGUUCCACAAGUAAACCUGGACAUUCAACACUGCAGCACUUGUGUGUACAAAUAGUUUAAUUUACACACAUCCUCAGUCCUCAGUCCAGUCAUUUAAUGGAGAGGAUGGAGAGUAUGAGGUACACGGAGGAGCAAGAGCAAGAGGAAGAGGAGUGCGUGGACAGUGAACGGACGUCACAGAAAGGUUUCUUGUUUGAAGCAGGACUGAAUCUGGGACCAAUGUCUCCCACACUACAGUCACACUCUCUUCUUUUUUAUGUCAUCACUCAUUUUUCCUAGUUUUGUUUACAACUGACUUCUGUCAGGUAGCAGACACAUAUUCAAUAUAAUAUCCUUUGUCGAUAGAGCAGAGUCCCAUGCACAUCCAGUUUUCUGAUGCCACUAAGUUAAGUGCUUCUGUCAGUUAAUUGAUAGAUAUAUAUAUUUACGAAUAAGUCAGUACUAAUUUAUCAAGUUGUCAUUGCAGGCUAUGGUUUGACUGAAGUAUUUUUUUAAAGAAAUUUGAUUUUAAUAUUUCAUGCAGCACCCUGAUCUCACUGUUAUGUAGCUAUUCAGUCUAGUUGCUCUAUGCAUGAAUUGAUGAUGCUGUGUAUGAAACAUGGGAGCCAAUAUGCAUUAACAGGUCUUACAAGUUUCUUGCUAACUUGAAUGAUUUCAAAGGAAUUUGAAUCUCUCUAUGUAGAACUGGGAGACUGAGCGAGGCCGUGCUGUAUUUAUGCUAUCUGACUAACGCGGCUGGUCCCCAUGGUUUUGUGAUCUGUAUUUAGCUGCUAACGUGUACAGGAGAGAGAUCUUACCUCUCACUCUGUGUUCAUACACAUGUUCCUCUAGAUUCUCCAGUGCUGUGUCAAAUAUUGAGCUGUUUGCUUUCUUAUCAUUGACUGUGUUUGCAGGGUUCCUACACAUGUGGACAGUCUCAGAAAAGUUGUGAUGUUCAAGUUUUGAAAACAUUAUACCCAUUAUAUGUGUUGUGCAUAAUCGUUUUUAACUGAAAUGUAAUAGUUUUGUAAAUUAAAGGUGCUAUAUGUAAGUUUUUACUAUCGCUACAUAGCUAGCUUUAGCAUUAGCAGCUAAUUACUUACUUAUCAGUGUAGAAGAAACGUUUGCAAAUUCAGCAUCAGACUUUAUUCCUUUAUUCACCAACAGCUGUCUCCAGAAGUGGAAAGCAAGUGCGAUUUUAAGCCUCGUUUUGCUUCUGUUUCUAUCACGUCUUUUCUUCUACUUCAGUAAGCAUGCUAAUCAGCUCGCCCUGGCCCAUCGGUGCCAACACUACUUUGCGAUCGUGAGUCACUGUAGCAUCUAGUCUGCCCUCAGUUCAGCAUGAAAGGACAAAGAAGUAGCACUGCCAAGAGGGGCGUAUUCUACGACCGAGUAUUGGGGCCACAUUGAAGGAAAAUAUAUCGGAGAUUUCGAGAAUAAACUCGUUUAAAUUAAAAAAAUUCAUAAUAUUUCAUAAUAUAAUGAGAAUCAAGUGGUCAUUUUAGGUUCUGUUUGUUUUAGAGGGGAAAUAUAGGGGGUAGGGGAAGCUUUAAAAUGAGGAACGUGUAGCAUCCUGUGAAGUUAUACUGCAGCAGAGGUUUCACAAAUAAAGAGAUACUCACCAUAAUCAUCAUCAUCAUCAUCAUCAUCAUCAUCAUCAUCAUGACAUUGAAAAGAUUGUCAAGAAACUGAGUCUAUUCUAUUGUUAGACAGACAAACAGCAGCUGCCAGAAGCAGCUCAGGCUGCCACUGACUGUCCUUUCACCCGUUUGAUUGGUUGAUUGUAAUAUUCCUAAAAAAUUAUGUUAUUUUCAACUUCAACUUUUCAACUUUAUGAAUUUUUUCUUGAAAUAUUAAGAUUUUAGAUUUCCUGUUUCCUCAAUGUGGCCCUAAUACUCCGUCGUAGUAUUCUGACCUUUUGACUUGUAAACACACCGUCGGCUGAAACUUCUGGCAAGUGACCAUUAUCAUUAACACCACCCACUUAGAAUAAACUUAGAUAUAGCACCUUUCAGGGGAAAGCAGAGAGCAUCCAAACACUGUAACACAAGUCCUAAACUUUUAUUAGAAGUGAACAGGCGAUGUUUCAAGUCUGCCAAGUCUUUAUCAGGCAACACAUGACAAAAUGGAAGGUGACAUCAUGCUAAUGUCAAGGACAGGCAAAGCAAAAUGACAAGAGAUAAAUAUUUGUGUAUUUUCACACAUAUAUUAGUAUUGGAGAAUAUUUCGAAAAGAAGGGUCACAGCAUAAUGUCAGAAUAUUGUUGAAGAUGAAAUACACUCAAUACACUCUGAAAAUAAUGGUAAGACAGACAGAAAUGUAGGGCAUUGUUAUGCCUAGGAGGAACCUGUGCAUAUCAUUAAAAAAAAGACUCCCCUCUUAUCCCACUACUAGGACGACCAGUGCCACAGCAGAUUCCAGUCCAACAGAAUAGGUUUAUUCAUUAAUUAAGGUAGAAAUAGGUGUUGGGGUGACCAUGGCCACAACAACAAACAAAACCAUCUAUAACAGUAUCCACUAACCUACUUAAACUAAAGGGAAAAAAGAAAAGAAGGAAACAUGCAUCAACAAUAUGGCUUCUCACCCCUACAGCUGCCAGGACUGCAUUUAGAGGAUAUUGACAUUAUUUACAACAAAGAUCAAUCAAUCAAGAUAAUACUGAAUCGGCCCGUUUGAGAGCCAAGUAAAAGACAAAGAGAAUCUGGCAUUGGCAGCUGCCAUUUUAAAGCAGCCGCCACCUACAACUCAACAUACUUGCAUACAUGCUCAAACACAGAACAGGUAAACAGCACUACCCUAAAGCAGGGAGGGACAACAGCUGUUGUGCUGCUGUUUGUGAUUCUUAAAUAUUUUGAAGUUGAGAAUUUUGAAAUUAAACUUACUGGAAAAACAUCCAAAUGUGCUUAUACAAAGCAGACAUGGCAACUGUGGCCAGAAACCAGAGCACCCAAUCAGAUGUUCCAAUUUUACAGGUUUACAAGAUACUGUGUUUUCUUUAAGUAUGUUGAGUUGUAGAUGGUGAAAAUGAUCAAGAAAUACUCUAUCUUACAAUCAGGACAUAAUUAGUACAAUUCCAUUUUCACAGUGUUACAUUAAAUUUCAUUAUGGCAAUGGGAACUAAAAAGUUAUAUUUAACCUCCACUGUGGUAAUUAUAUAUUUUCAAACAAAAAUAACAUUCAGAUUUUUACAUUUGAAUUUUCUCACACACAAGUUGCACUCAAAUGAAAAAUAAAAGGUAUCUCAGAACUUUAGUGGGCAGAUGUAACAAAUGGACCAAUGUAACUUUGGUUUCCCUGAUACCGAUUCAGUGCUAACACUGAAUGUUUAUAAUGAUAUAUAUGACACAUGACAGAUUGGAUUGGUGCAUCUACAUUGGAUAUUCUCUGCUUUUUCCUUUACUGGACCUGCUCCCCUCACCUGGCCUAAAUACUGCAUAGGACUGGAAGUGCACACCCACCUUUCUGUAUUUUUGCACAGGCCACAGAUGAUAUUACACACCCAGGAUGACUCUUCAACUCCAGUGGCCAUGGCUGUAACUGUGGCCUCUCGCUGUUGUUUCUCAGGAAAGCCGCACUCUGUGGCACCUCUCUUCAGCCUGCCCCCCCCCCCCCACAGCAUCUCAGCUCUCCAACAGUGGAAGAGCAUAAUCAACUGUACUUGACCUGCACACGUACACAAGUGUCAGUAUGUAAAAAGAAACAUGUGGGAGAUGCUUCAAUUGUGUUGUGAAGAUGGUUUAUUCUAACCCACUGAGCUUGUAGAACAACACGCAGGACAAAUUAUUGGUUGGAUGUAUAAGGAAUUAGCAGAAAAGAUAUCAUUCUCAUGUUGUUUGCCUUUUUUUAAUGAUACCUGGCUCUGCUUUCCCUUCACCAGUGCUGAGAGCUAAACAACCUAAGCUGCUUGUCUUGUAUUGGUCAUUCUCUCUCUGAUGAUGACGAGGUCUUGUGAAGGAACUCUAGAACAAGUAAUGAGGCUAGCUCUCUUUGAUAAAGAGAGUUUUCAGACUACAUAUAAUAAGUUCUAUACACUAAAGAGGACUUCUUUACCACUAUGUUUAGCAUGCAUGUGGAUAUAACAGAGCUGAAAUGAAAGAAAUAAAUAUUUAUAUAAUCUGAA